AUGGUCACUUUUCAAACUUAUUAUUUACUGCCUACUCUUCAAAAAACCGUUUCUCGAGAGUUCAGUAGUGAAUACGCUCAUUUCACGGUUUUGGGCACGUCGGGCGUUUUACGAGAGUUCCGUAAAGAAAACGCUCAUUUCAAGGCUUUGGGUCCGUCGGGUGUUUUUCGAGAGAUCCGCAAGGAAAAGGCUCAUUUCGCAGUUUUGGGCACGUUAGAUGUCACCCGAGAGUUUCGGAUGGGAGUGCUUAUUUCACGGUUUUGCUCACGCAACCCUUUUCCCGAGAGUUCAGCAGUAAAUACGCUUUUUUCAAGAGUUGGCGCACGUCAGGCGUUUUUCGAGAGUUCCGCAAGGAAAAGGCUCAUUAGCGCUGAAAUGAGCGCUUUCUUUCCGGAUCUCUCGAAAAACGCCUGA